AUGGAUUGGAGAAAAUCAGUAAGAAUUUUGUCAAGAGGUGUGAUAGGAGAUAUCGGAAGGAGUGCUACCAUUUUAAACAUAUGUGAUGGAAGGAAGUAUAAUAAAAUUAUGAAGAAGCAAAUUCCAUGCUUUCAAAAUAAUAUACAAAAGCGAAAUUACUUACAUUUUGCUAGAACUUUACCUGAAGAUUAUGAACUUCCCCUAGACACAUUUCCAGACAACAUUAGUGAAAUAUUAAAGAAAGAUAAAAAGAGCCUUGAUUUUAUACAAAGCUAUUGGUACUGGAAAAUUAGAAGUGAGAGUAAUUUGCUUAACUACAAGAAAUUAGUUAACAAAUCUUAUAAGCAGUUGGCUGUCGACAUGGGAAUGCAGAUUGCCAACCCAGAUAAUGAGCAUAUGCUAGCCCUACUAGAAUUUUAUGAAUACCUGAAGUCAUCACCAUUUGUAGGGCCAUUUGGAACAAUUGAGAAUCCAGUUAUUGUCCCAAGUGUGCACACAGAACGGGUUGUUUGUUGUACAGGUGGAACUGGAGAAAAUGAACAUGUCCCUUUAUUUUUUCGAUGUAGAGAAGGAUUCUUAUAUCGUUGCGGAGAAUGUGAUCAAAUUUUUAUGCACGUUCGUGUGCUUUACUCUUUGGAAGAUGGAAAUGAUCCUUUUCCCAAUGAUCCAGAUGUAGAUGAUGUUUUUGAUUUAAAUUUAAUUGAAGAAAAUAUGAGUUUAUACAAUGAUGAUCAGUAUGUACGUUGGCCAACCGGGAAUGUGUCCUACCGACAGAUGUUUCUUCAGGGGAAAUGGGGAAAUGAAAAACCUAAUAAUGCUUCUUACAUAGGUUCUGAAAAGUGA